GAUAAGAUGUUUCAUAGAGGGCAGAGUAUGUUUUACCACACAGCAUUUGACUGGUGGGUUUAGGAGGACGCACAAUGACGGAACAAAACGGUGUCCAGCUCAAAAAUGUAUCCCAGGGCAAUGGAACAGGAAACGACAACCUGGCUUUUGAUUUAGGGGAUGACAUUACUACUGAUUCUAGCAGCAUCAAAACAGAGCCUAAAAGGACUAAAAGGGGUUUGGGAACAUAUUUAAGCCAUGUUUCCACACCAAUAAAUGCCACAGAGAAAUACAUCAAGUCUCACUCAAGCACCUUCAAGUACAUCGUCCUGGGCAUACUCGGAGCAGGUUAUGUGGCUUACUUUAUCGCAGCCUGUGUGUUGGAUUUCAAGAGGGCCACUGCUCUCGUUGUCCUAACCUGUUUGGCUGUUGCCGCACAAACGUUUGAACUUGUGAAGAAGUACCAGGGAAAGAGGAUCAGUCGGUGUUUCAAACCCUUAGCCAGACGCUUUAAAUCAAACUUGAGAUGGCUAAAAUGGGUUUUCAUCUUAGUGGUUGUGGUCUUGCUUGUGGUGUGGCUCGUUUUAGACACAAGCAAGCGCCCCGAGCAGCUUAUCUCCUUUGGAGGCGUGUGUGCGUUCGUCCUGCUUCUAUUCCUCUUCUCAGCACACAGGACAGCGAUAUCAUGGAGGCCUGUGUUUUGGGGUCUUGGGUUGCAGUUCUGUAUCGGCCUUUUCGUCAUACGGACAGAGCCUGGUUUUAUAGCUUUCGACUGGCUUGGAACACAAGUGCAGACAUUCCUUAACUACACUACAAGUGGCUCACACUUUGUUUUUGGAGAUCUGAUUCACAACAUUUUUGCCUUUCAAGCUCUGCCCAUUGUUAUAUUCUUCAGCAGCGUGAUGUCGGUGCUUUACUAUUUGGGGAUAAUGCAGUGGGUCAUCUUGAAGAUCUCAUGGGCUAUGCAGAUAACGUUGGGAACCUCUGCCACUGAGACCUUGAGUGUGGCAGGCAGUAUAUUCAUUGGACAGACGGAAGCGCCGCUGCUGAUUCGCCCCUAUUUGAAGGACAUGACCAAAUCUGAGAUCCAUGCUGUCAUGACUGGAGGAUUUGCCACAAUUGCAGGCAGUGUCAUGGGGGCGUUCAUCUCAUUUGGGAUCGAUGCAUCUGCCCUGAUAUCGGCCUCUGUGAUGGCUGCCCCUUGUACGCUGGCCAUCUCCAAGCUGUCGUACCCAGAGACAGAAAAGAGUAAAUUCUCAAAGACGAGUGUCAAAGUGGCUGCUGGCGAUGAAGGGAACAUUUUGGAAGCUGUUAGCAGUGGAGCGUCGGCGUCGAUAGGCCUCGUUGCAAACAUUGCAGCCAGUCUGAUAUCCUUUCUUGCCAUCCUUGCAUUCAUAAAUUCAGCUUUAAGUUGGCUUGGAGGUAUGGUGGGAUAUCCUGAAGUCACAUUUAAGUUAAUUUGCUCCUACGUGUUUAUGCCGGUGGCCUUUAUGAUGGGAAUACCUUACGAUGAGAGCUUCACUGUGGCUGAACUAAUUGGCACAAAGCUCUUCCUCAAUGAGUUUGUGGCUUAUGAGGAAUUAUCUGCACUGAAGGCCAACAGACUCAAUGGAGUUGAUGAAAUUAUUGGAGGUGUCAGACAGUGGAUAUCUGUACGAUCAGAAACGAUCACCACCUAUGCCCUUUGUGGGUUUGCCAAUUUCAGCUCACUGGGUGUUGUGAUUGGAGGCUUGUCCUCCAUAUGCCCAUCAAGAAGAGGCGACAUCUCGGCUUUGGUGUUGAGAGCCAUGAUCACUGGGACAUGUGUGUCUCUUGUCAAUGCUUGUAUUGCAGGGAUUCUCUUUGUUCCUUCGCCUGACUGCGUGGGGCUGUUCAAGGAAUCAGUCUUCAAUGCAUCAGAUGUAAAGAUUCAAACUUGCUGCAACGACCUCUUUGACAGUGCUGUAAACAACGGGACCUCUGUUAUAUUCGAAGGAGCAUGGAGCACAGUAGUAAACGUCACAACGUUUUUCUCCAAUUGUUGUCAGUGUUGUGAUCUUUCUAAUUUGGCAGUUUGUCACUAAAGAAUAAUAACAAUAGGCCUCAUGCAGGAACAUCCUAACAAGUUCAUCCCAAGCUUCUCUCACAUUUUAUGAAGCAGAACUUUAUGUAAAAGUGUAAAAUGGGCCACGUUUUUGUGAAGACAUGCACAUCUGAGCCCCAGAAACUACUAUGCAAAGCUAUUCGUUCCAUUCCAUUUGACAAAUUUAGCAGGGUGAGAAUCGGUAGCUGAGGAUUCAAAACAAUAAAAUAUUAAUUCAGUGGUUUGACAUAAAAUUACACACUAAAAAAUACAUUUCAUAAGCAGAGCAGAUCAUGAUGAGAGGUGGUGAGGGAGGAUGUGACAGCCAUGAAGGUAUUAGAUGAGGUAAUAUUACAGCAUGGUGUAACUGCUGUUCGGCAACAGAAAGCAGUAAUGUACAAAUAAAAUAAAAAACCUCUCAGUGAAUUUUAUUUUCAUUCAUGUCAGUAUUAUAUUUAAAAUUCCUGCCGGUUAAGGCAUUACGAGUGGCAGGAUAUCUAUAUAUGAAGCAUACUUUUUAGAACACACAAAUUUCACUCAAACCAAACAUGAAAUUCCAAGUACAAGAAAACUGUUGAUAGUCAUAAAUUCUGUUAAAUCACCUUUUGGUGCUUCUUGCAUGAGGCCCAGUGUCUGUUAUACUGUAGUUCAAUUACACGUCUCUCCAUGUUUGUAUACUUGUGUCACAGUUGAUGUAAAAAUGUAAAGCCACUACACAUGUUUUACAGAUGAUUGUAUUUUUCAUGUAUUAUAUUGUAAAUUAAUUUAAAUGUUGGCUUUUAUUUAAAGGCAGGGAUUAAGAGGAUUCACCUUAACAAAUGUACCUCAAGAAAUAUUCAGGCAUCAGCAGUAUGAUGAAUGUAAAUAUUUCAAAUAAAAUCAAGAAAGUCA